AUGACGCUUCAAAAAGCCUCCUGUUCUUAUACCGCUCAUCUCAUAGGCUACAGCCCAUGUGCGCAACAGCAACCUAGACCCCCCGCCUCCGGAGGUCAGAUACCCAACCUCCUAUGCGUUUACACUCCUUACUGCUGCUCUUCCAAAUCACCUCCCCCCUCCCCCUACCCACCUUCCCAACAUCUCGAACUUCCAUUCCUCACCUCAUUUCCCCUCCUCAUAUUCCUUCUUGUCUUGCCCUCCCGUUUUCUCUACUACGUAACACCUUCUUCCAGACGAGACCCCCCUCGCGUCUCGUCUCUCGUCUCUCGUUCUUCCUUCUUCCUGAAGGCCCGACCCUAG